AUGGCAGCCAAAGCUGCUUUGAAUGGCAAGCAAAUGCGUUCAUUCCAUACAGAUCCAAUGACCGGAGAAAAGACUGGAUAUGCUGAUUUGGAUUAUGGAGCAGUGACGAUCGAAAAGAUUCAAGCACCAAAUGCACCACCUCCUUCUAGCACUUUGGUUUUCGGUCAUAGCUUCUCGGAUCACAUGGUCACUGCAAAUUGGAACUCUUUAACAGGCUGGGCACCUCCAGCAAUUCAUCCUUACAAGCCUUUGGUUUUGGAUCCCUCUAGCGUAAUCUUUCAUUAUGCCCCUAGCUUGUUCGAGGGCAUGAAAGCAUACAAAGACGUCAAUGGACGCAUUCGUCUUUUCAGACCAGAUAUGAACAUGGCACGAUUGAACAGAUCAGCAACACGUAUCGCAUUACCAGAAGUAAACGGAAAAGAAUUGACAAAACUGAUUGCAAAGUUGGUCUCUCUCGAUGCUGAUUUCGUUCCUUCCGAACCUGGACAUUCGAUCUACAUUCGACCAACUUUGAUCGGUACACAAGCUGCCCUAGGCGUUCAUCCUGCCAAUGAAGCAAUGCUGUUCGUCAUCUUAUCGCCUGUUGGACCUUACUUCAAAUCAGGAUUUAAGCCCGUGGCUCUGGAAGCUGACCCCAACAAAGUACGUGCUUGGCCAAACGGUACAGGUAGUUACAAAUUGGGUUUGAACUAUGCUCCUGGCUUGCAACCACAAAUGGAAGCUGCUACCCGUGGAUAUUCACAAAACUUGUGGUUAUUUGGACCUGAACAUCUUUUGACGGAGGUUGGAACGAUGAACUUAUUCACUGCGAUCAAGAACGAUAAAGGACAAACUGAAUUAAUCACAGCACCAUUGAAUGGUUUAAUCUUGCCAGGUGUGACAAGAGAUUCAAUUUUGGGACUUGCACGCGAUCAUGCAUCAGGAAAGAUGCGUAUCGAAGGAUUACCGGAAGAUUUGAUUGUUUCAGAACGUGAGCUAUCAAUGAAAGAAGUUGAACAAGCAGGAAAAGAAGGAAGAUUGAUGGAAAUGUUUGGUAGUGGAACGGCGGUGGUUGUUGCACCUGUUGAUCGAAUUGGAUAUGAAGGACGUGAUAUUCAUAUCCCUGUUGGAGAAGAAGGUGUUGGACCGAUUGCAAAGAGAAUGUUGGAUACCAUCAAUGAUAUUCAAUUAGGACGUAUCGAACAUCCAUGGAGCGUUGCAAUUGAUGAAUUGAUCUAG